UGAGCGCUUCGGACACCUCAGACGGACGGUGGCCACUUCAAGACGCGCCCCAGCUCGCCAUGGCCCGGAUCCUCCGGGCAUCCUGCCUUCUGUCCCUGCUCCUGGCUGGGUUUGUUCCGCCGGGCCGGGGACAAGAGAAGUCCAAGACAGACUGCCAUGGCGGUAUGAGUGGUACCAUCUACGAGUAUGGAGCCCUCACCAUCGAUGGGGAGGAAUACAUUCCUUUUAAGCAGUAUGCAGGCAAAUAUAUCCUCUUUGUCAAUGUAGCCAGCUACUGAGGUCUGACAGACCAAUACCUUGAACUGAAUGCACUACAAGAAGAACUUGGACCAUUUGGCCUGGUCAUUCUGGGCUUCCCUUGCAACCAAUUUGGCAAACAGGAGCCAGGCGAGAACUCGGAGAUCCUACCCAGUCUCAAGUAUGUUCGACCAGGUGGGGGCUUUGUGCCUAAUUUCCAGCUCUUUGAGAAAGGAGACGUGAACGGGGAGAAAGAGCAGAAGUUCUACACGUUCCUGAAGAACUCCUGCCCUCCCACUGCGGAACUCCUGGGCUCACCUGGCCGCCUCUUUUGGGAACCUAUGAAGAUCCAUGACAUCCGCUGGAACUUUGAGAAGUUUUUGGUGGGGCCAGAUGGCAUACCAGUUAUGCGCUGGUACCACCGGACCACAGUCAGCAAUGUCAAGAUGGACAUCCUGUCCUACAUGAGGCGGCAGGCAGCCCUGAGUGCCAGAGGGAAGUAACUGAUGCCCCACUCUCAUCCCCAUCCCCAUCCCCUGCCCAUCAUGCAAGGGCUGGGGAGGCGCUCUUCAGGAAGGAAGCCACAUUCCCAGUCACUCUACACCCACCCCAGACUCCCUUUCUUAGUACAUAAAAGACAAGCCUGGCCACUGUACACACGUGGCAACUGUCCUAGUGUGUGCAUGGCUACACAGCCACGUAUCUGCCUGCUUGAAACCCAGGGAUGGACCAUCUGUGCUCAUGGCUUGGCACAACACCCUCAUAUUUUUUUCAGCUUUCUGUUCCAAAUGAGCCCAAAGGAAACACAAGUUCUAGGUCCAGUAGUCCUGCUCAAACCUGAACAUCAUUCUUGGGGCAAGCAUCUCCCACAUGCCCACAGUACACAUCUGGGUUCACUAUACCUCCAGCCUCCUUUGUUCUUCCUGAAGGGCCCUCCUAAGUCCCCAACCCCAUCCUACACUGCUCCUGAGAACAGCCGAGACAACUGUGAGCAUGCUGGCCAUGUACCCCAAGUCAGGGGUGGUGUCUCCAUGAAGGAGGGGCCCGAAGCCCUUGUGGGCGGGCCUCCCCUGAGCCCGUCUGUGGUGCCAGCCCUUAGUGCAUUCAGGCUUAGGCUCCCAGGCAGGGACACUACCUCCGUUCCUCUGGAGGACAUGCUAUUCUCUCACUUUGUCCACUGGAAUCUCUCAUACCCCCAUCUACCCAUUAAAGGUCUUUCUGCAGCA